GGAGACCAACGUGUUUACGAGAAUGAUCAGAAAAAAGUGAAUUUUGCUAUAUCCUGGAUAGAAAUUUAGCUAUGAAAAUGUUGGGAUCUAAAAAGAAGAUGCCAGCGAGGUCUCGAGGACGUGGUUUCUCUAGACCAAGAACCAACUCACCGGAGCGUCGUCCAGGAAAACAUGAACAAGUUCCAAUUGAGGAAAAUGUUUCGGACACAAGGGGUCAAGCCAGCGACGAUCUGAUCCAAUGGAAAGAUGUCCCACCGCCUCCAGCCGUGGUACCUUUCCGCCACCAUCACAGCAUGGUGGCCGUUGCGGGACGAGGUCGUACUUUCCAGUGACAUCUGUCGAGAGCGACUACGAGACGAACAAAACAAGGCGUUCCGAGUCAUUCGAUUGAUCACUCCUCCUGGACCUCCAAACCGGAGAGCAGAAGAGAGUUCAUUUCCGUUGGAACUUGCGAGUCUGGAAAUUUCAACGAGAGGCCAACUCCCAAUCAUCACGAGAGGAGUUAUGUUCGGAAACCUCAAACCUAUUCCCACCGAUCCUUACGUCGGAUACUGUAGGAAUUGCGGCAGACGAGGAGUGACUCUGACGACUUGCCCACGUUGUUCCGAGAGACAUUUGGCAGAUAUAGCCAAACAAUAUGGAAAGGGAAAAUAUGAGUCCUUCAGAUCGGAGCGAAUCGCCAAGGUACAGGAAACAAGAGGUCGAAAAACUGUGACUCUCACCAGCGACUCAUCGAGCGGAGCAACCUCGUCAUUACCUGAAAGAGGAGGAACAAUUGAGGGACGGAAACGCCCAUCAAUCAUCAUUUCUGAACCUUCGACAUCUGAUGGAAGAUCCCAGCGUCCAAAUAACGUAGAAGUCUCUAAGGAUAAGAUUAGAAGAGUGGAGGUAGAAAGCGAGAAUCACACAGAGGAACAGAAGGGGAAAGGCACAGACAAAUUAAACAACAAUGUGAUUCCCAAAGUCGAUGAAGUCUGGAACCAACUUCAAAAUCUGCCCACAUUUCAACCUUCAAGGGUGGUAGAUUUGGAACCACCAACUUCAUCUACAACAGUUUCAUUGAUUCCCCUGAAUUUUACCUCACCACCACCAGCGUUACCAAGGUUAGAGGACCAUCAACAAAUUCCUGCGGAUGUGAGACCGAUGUCAGCCGGAGACCAAGCGGAUCGUUUCGUGGAGCAGACAAGGGAGCUCGCUCAGGCGCUACGUGGAUUGCCGGUCGAGGCAAUAAUGUUGGCGAUGCGAAAAUUUUUCGAGGAAAGACGUCGCACAAAUCAUUGACUGUGGAGUGAUUAGUGAGAGUGUGAUGGUUUAAUUUUUUUUGUUUUAGUUCCUGCGUUUUUCUUUCUUUUUGGUGUUAAAUUGAUUUUUUUAUAGAAACAUUUAAGCCUAAGUUAUUAUUUUUCUUUUGUGAUUCAGGGCGGUACUACGGGCUAGUACCGGCCAAAGGGGGGGAAUUGUGACAAAGUGGUUUGUCACUGGCGAUUAUAAAUUGUGAUUUUAUUGUAGCGCCCUAUAUAGUUCCGUCCCUGCGAUAAAAAUGGACGUUUCCGAUCGAUAUUUGAAUUAU